UGGGCGCGCGGGUGGAGGAGGGGAGCCGCGUGCAGCGGGCGCCUAGGUCCCUUUGCGGAGCGCUGCGGCGCGGCGCGCACCAGCCCUGCCGCUCCCUGCUCCCGCCGCCAUGGCGCGGCCCCGCAGCUGACGGCGGGCUCCCGGCCCCUCUCCUCUCUCUCCGGCCCCUCUCCUCCUCCUCCUCCUCCUCCUCCUCCCCCUCCCCCCCCGGGCCCCGGCUCGGGCUCGUAGGCGGCCGCUCUCGGCGGGCGCCGGCUUCCCCAGCCCCGUCCCCUUCAGGCUUCAGCAGUCGGGCCGGGCGGCUCCCGGCCGCGCCAUGAGUAUCGUCAUCGGCAUCGGCGGGGUCACCAAUGGCGGCAAGACCACGCUCACCCGCAAGCUGAUGCAGGCCCUGCCCAACUGCAGCGUGGUGCACCAGGAUGACUUCUUCAAGCCUCAAGAUGAAAUAGAAGUUGAAGAUGGGUUUAAACAGUAUGAUGUGAUUAGUGCAUUAGAUAUGGAGGCUAUGAUGAAUACCAUCAAUGCUUGGGUAAAAAACCCAGUCAAGUUCGAACGUUCUCAUGGGAUCAACAACACGCUGGAUGCCCAAAUCUCACCAGACAGGGAGGGAGGAGAUAAAGCAAUCCACAUUCUUAUUGUUGAAGGCUUCCUACUUUACACCUACAGGCCACUGAUUGAUAUUUUCCAUCAUCGGUACUUUCUUUCCAUUCCAUAUGAAGAGUGUAAAAGGAGAAGAAGUUCAAGGAAUUAUACUGUACCAGAUCCACCUGGAUUGUUUGAUGGCCAUGUUUGGCCUAUGUAUGUAAAGCACAGGAAGAUAAUGGAAGAUCUUGGUGUUGAUGUGGUGCACUUGAAUGGAACAAAAUCAAGGGAGGAGCUGUUCAAUGAGGUGUAUGGGCAGAUCCAAAAUAAGAUUGAAGAAUUACUUAAUAUGCAGAAAUAAGUUGCUGAUUCUUGGGACUGAAGAUGAUUCCUGUUUGCUCUGAGCUGUCUACCUGACUGCCACUAAAGUUCCAGCUUCUGUGAAGACUCAAUUAUUGGAUCUGACUUUGUUCAAUUUCCCCUGAAACUGAGCUAUAUCUGGUCAUAAUAAAAAAAAAAAAGUAUUUCCCCCUCA